AUGAAAUUUAUUUUAAUAACGUUAAUUGCACUAAGUGUCUUUACUGCAAUUAGCGCGUCCUUUGAAAAAACUAUUAAAGAAGGAGAACAUGAUCAAUUAGAAUGUCCUCGAAAUCAGCCAAUUAAUGUGAGAUAUGCUAAAUGGACUUACAACAAGCUUAAUUUGAAAAACACAGUUGUAUCGAACUGGCGAAAUUAUUUUUAUUAUUAUGGAGAUCUGAUUGGCUUGUGUACUUACGAUGUGACAUCAACUGUUCGUCAAAUGUGCAAUGGUAAAAAUGUUUGUCAAAUUGAUGGAAAUAGAAUAUCAUUAAAAAGUGAUGAAUGUAAUUAUUGGAUGAAGCUUAUUGUGACUUAUCAGUGUGGGGAUUAUAAAAAUUGCUACAAGGAAAAGUGUGAGGCGACAGAAGUUAAGCAACGCAAUAGGUUUUUCUACAAGGAUGGGUGA